GCCGCCAGGCGACUAGUGCUCUGCUAGCAGCCGUCCCACCAACACGCCACGUGCGCGCACGGCCAGCCGUCACCGGACAAGACUCCUCAAAGAAGAUGAAGCCAUGUGGAUCACUAAUUACACUGAUGCUAAUAUGCACUACAAAAUCUGUUAUGAGCUGUGCUCGUUCAAGAGACUUUGCCCGAACACAUGAUGCCUUAAGCACCAAUCUAGUGGAGGAUGUUGUGGAUAGUAUACCCCAGGCAGUUGACUGCCUAGGACUGUCGGCAACUACCAACAGCCUCCUCAGGAAUUUCUUCAGGCCUCAGACAAAUGAAAAAGUAAAUACUCGCUUCUAUCUGUAUAACAGAGCUAAUAAAACACCUGUGGAGAUUAGUGCUGAUGAAAGGUUGAAUAACUUUUCUCACAGGAAUGGUACAAUUGUUAUUGUUCAUGGAUUCCUGUCUAGUAGUCAAGAAGAAUGGGUCCGGAAUAUGGCAGAAGCAUUCUUUGACAAGGAGGAUGUCAAUGUGAUUGCGGUAGACUGGACUGGGAGUUGGCAGUACUGGCAGGCCGUUGCAAACACAAGGGUGGCUGCAGCUGAAAUAGCACGGUUACUGCUCAUUUUGGCUGAUGAGGGCAAGGUGACACCUGAACGAAUACAUUUGGUGGGCCACAGUCUAGGUGCACAUAUCUGUUCCUUUGCUGCCUCUGCUUUCAACAAAAGUGGAAGAGGGAAGAUAUUCCGUAUUACAGGUCUUGAUCCUGCUCAGCCAUGCUAUGCUUCCAUGAGGGAUAAUGAUAUGCGUCUUGAUCCUAGUGAUGCCAAUAUAGUUGAUGUGAUACAUACUAAUGGAAAACUAUACUCUCUGUUAGGUCUUGGGAUACCAGAGCCAGUUGGACACAUUGAUUUUUAUCCAAAUGGAGGGAUGUGUCAGCCUGGAUGUGUAAAUGGGGAAGCUGUUGGAUACAAAUUUCCUGGAAUCCUGUCUUUUCUGUUAUCUGCAGCCAGUGAUGUGACAACUCAGUUGCAGAAAGCAAUCUGUAGCCAUGGACGAUCAUAUAAGCUCUUCACAGACAGUAUACGUUUUCAUAACUGUUCCUUCUGGGGUCGUAAGUGGAAUUCAUUGAGUGAAAGAGAAUCUUUGAAUCUGAAUACAACAUGCUCUCUUGCCAACUGUACUGAAAUGGGUUACCUCGCUGAUAUAUUUCCUGCAAGAGGAAGCUUCUAUGUACCAACAAGGGAAACUGAGCCUUUUUGCAUUUACGACCGGAAAGCAGACCUAGCUAUGGCUUCAAGUAUAUAUGCUCUCCACAAUUUAACCUGGAACUUGCGCAGUAUAUCUUUGGAUUCAGAAGAGUCUUUCCACUAGUAACAUCAUCUAACAAGUCAUAAAAUGGGCACUGUUUAUGGAGUGACACAUGAGAUGCUACACCUCACUGAAAUUACUAAAAGGUCCCAUGUCUAGUGAGAGAUUAGUUUCAAUCAAGUUAAGUAAGAAAAAUUAAUUCAAUUAAAAAAUUCACUGUAGUAAGAUGUAACUGUUCUGGAUGAGCACUGGUCAGCAUUCUUAUACUAUCCACUAUUAUCCUAUCUGUCAAAGAACAAAACUAAUCAUAUUUACAAAAAUAUGUGAAACACUAUGUAAGAAUUGGGUAAUAAGGAUGUUAUGGAUGACUCAGUUUACAUGGUAUACAUUGUAAUAUUUCACUAUUUUCCUCAUGCAGUAUAUUUUCAUGUAUGAUCUGUGUCUAAUGUUUCAUAAUACAAGAUGUUGAAAAUAGUGCGGUUCCCAGUCAUCCACCAGUGGUACUUAUUUCUGUUUAGUAAGUGGUAGCCAAUUUAAUUUAUUUUUAAGAGCAAGGAUAAAUAGCAAAGUAUGUUGUAUUGGUGGACAGAAUAAUUAAUAUCUGAAUUCCACUUUUCUUACUACAUAAAAGCUGAAUGGAAAAUGGAGCUUCCUACUUAAGACACAUACAGCAGGCAGGCACUCAGACUUAUAUGCCUGGGGUUUACAUAAGGAACUUUUAAUAGCAAGGUGCUCCUACAGAGAUAUGGAUUAUUUUUAAGAGACCAUCUAAAAGGAGAUUGGUUGUACAUCCAAUGUCACAUGUUGUCAAACAUGCAUGCUGUAGCAUGUAACCAACAGGUGUUAAGGUGUUAAGAUGCAAAGAGUCCAUGAGAUAAAAUGAUGAAGCAUUGCAGUUAAGAGUGAUGUUAAAGGGGAGGCAGUGAAAUCAAACAAAAGUAUGAAUAAAGAAUUAGAUUUCAGGAGAGGAGGAAUAAAAUAGAAAAAAAGAAAAAAAACUUGAAAAAAAUAUGGUAUAGUACUGGUUUUAGUUUGCCAGAAGUAGUACAACAAAACAAUUUUCUGCACCUUGAUGUACAUGAGACAGCUGUGUCCUGCACGAAAAACAAGAUAUGUACCUGUGCCAGAAACACACACUGGAGGUAUGCAUAAAUAAAUGGAGAUAUUGCUGAAAAAGAGAGUAUUCAUUCCAGUGGCAAAAAAUUACUGGUUUUUUUUUGGGGGGGGGGGGGGAGGGGGGCAGGAAGCAAAUUAAAUUACACGACUAAAAAUGUUACACUACCAAUGAAACUGUAUAAUUAUAGGGCAUAAAUUUUGCUCAUAGUUUUUCUUUGAGGACAAACAUCGCUCUUUUCUCUUGAAUUUUAUUUUCAGUUUCCAUGUUGACUGCUAUCAGGUGCAAAACCUACUUGGAUGAUAAAACAAAAUGAAAAAAUAAUCUUUUAUCAUAAAAAAAGUCAAAGAAAGAAAUGAUAAAGGCAUAAAUUGUAUAAUAAUAUAUAUAAUGACUGUAACUCUGUUCUAUUGGUCCAUUCAGGGAAAUAGUAUUAGGGAGAGGAGGAGGCAAUUAAUAUAAAUAGCCAGCUGUUUCAGUCUAAGUAAUCAGAACUGGGAUGCAAAAAUUAAAAAUAUGGUUUUUUAGGAUAUUCUAACUCUGAUUACAAUUUGUUUGAAACUUAGAACUUUCCUGCCAUUGUUCAGGACCUCCUUUUUUUUCCCCUUCUUUCAAGUAUGAAAACUGCUAAUAGUGUUGUAUUUGCCAAAUGCAUGUAUAAUAUUGAUUACUUUUUAGAACAGAAUGAACUGAAAUAGUAGCAGAGCUGGCACAAAGUGUUAAAUUUGGUCAAUCUAAUCAGUUAUUGUAUGUUGCUUUGGAUAAAAGUUACUUAAAUUCCCAGUAGUAUCAACAUAUUCUGAGCUUCCCACUAUUUGGGAAUCACCAGAUUAAACAUUUAAUUCUGUACACACAUCUGCCAGUUUUGGACACAAUAAAGUAUUGCUUUGAUUAAAUAUGAAUCAGAAUCUCUUAUAGUUAAACUAAUACAUUUUUGUUUUACAUAAAAUGUGACAUCUCUUAUGGAAAGCUGUACUGAAUCAGAAUUCACUGUUAUGAAGUCAACACUAAUUUAGUAUCAAAUGUACAAAGGUUGUAAGACCAUAGCAGUCCUAUGGGGAAAACUUUUAUGAAACUGAAAAAGGCAGGCUAAAAUCAGUACCAUCUUUAUGAAUACAGCAACCUGCAUUCAGAUUGGGGAGCCACUUUCAUUCUACUAAAUAAUGUCAUGAUCUCAAGUAUUAUAUGCAGUAUAUUAUAUGCAGUCAUCUAUGUGAUUGUAGCUCUAUGUGAAUGUAAAGGUUGGAAAAAUGAAUAACGGUGAUGAUGCUGUGAAAUCUUCAUUUUAGAUAAUUAAUAGGCAUGAAAAACACAAUUUAUACUUUACAUCUCACACAUCUGCAUUCUUUUGUAUAACUCUUUGUGAACAGCCAAUUCAUAAAUCAGAUUUAGUGUGUGUUUGAUGAUAAAUUCAAAUGUCAAAGUUUCUGGCAUCAGCUAUGCACAAUAUAUAGAUUACAAAUUUAUGUUUAAAUGAAGCAAUUCAUUUCUGUUCACACAUUUCCAUUGAACAAAGCAGUGGUUUCUUUACAGUCCUGAAAACAAAAUUCUGCCAUUAUUUAUGACAUAGAUUUUGUUUUACAAUCAGCCAAAAAGAUCUUUCGAUCCUGUCUUUCAAAUGGUUUGAUGCCAUCUUUCCUACUUUUUGUUAAUUGUGUCACCUCUGCAGACCAGAUAAUUUAUCUGCAUAAACUUUUGCCUAUCCAUGAAAUUUUCCUCCCAGAACAUCUUUCAGAAGUAUUUUGUGUAAUUUUGCUUCCUAGAUGAAAUUCUUUCACUACUGUUGCAACCAUGUUUGUCCUGAUAACCAUACUAUGCAAGUCACUAUUUUUCUUUUUGUUACUCUUCAUCAAUUCAUCUUUGCUGAGUUAAUCUUUGUGCCCUGAUCUGUACUAAGUAUGACACCCACUCAUUUAACAUUCUUUUUAGGCCUUCCAUGAUUUGUUUAGAUGGGCUCUGUUGUAGGAGAGCAGAAGACUAAAAAAUGUAAAUGUGCUGUGUGGAACAAAUGUGUGCUGAAGCUUUGUAGAAAACUUUCCCAAUUUAUUAUUUAAUGAUUAAUGUUUAGUAGCAAUUCUAAUUAAGCCCUCUCCUUGAUACAUAACAAUGUUUUGUUUUUUGUAGUCAACUUAAACUAAAGUAUGUGAAAGGUUGAUAACAUGGUCAUACUUGCAUCUAAUAACACUGCUGUUUACAGUUAACACAAUAAAAAGAAAAAUUUAGCAUGGCAAUGUUGAUUUGGAAUCUUUGAUGUUCACUUCUGUAGUAUAUUUAUUGGGGAAUUACAGAGACAGGGUAAUUAUACUGGAUGCUUGACCAGCAGAACAUUUAUGUAAAUGCCUUAUGUUUUAAUGUAUGAGCUGGAGCAGGACAUUUACACUGGGAACUUGAGGAGAACAUUAAACAUCCAGCGCCAAUAAAAAGUGUUAUUGCUCAUUGUCAGCUGAUGGUCAGAUUGAAUAACUGAAAGUAAAGCGGGGUACUAAUAAAGUCUGACAAGAAGUGAAAAAUUAAUAUUUUCCUUUGCCAUCCAAUGUAAUUCUUUUGCUUCCUCCAGUUUCUAAUAGACUGCACCUUAUGUAUUAAAAGUAUGGCCAUUUUGUCAGUCUUCAAUGUAAGUUCUAACUUACGUGUGAAACAGUAAAUUUAUUCAGAUACCAUAUCUACCAUGUGUAAGUGCAACUAGAAACUGCUAAGAAUAAAUUUUAUUUUUAAUUUGAUGAGUUCCUAAUUUAAUGUUAUCAUUUGUUUUUAUUAAGCACAAUUUAGCUUUCAUUUUAUAACUUGUAUGACAAAAAAGGAUAUGUAACAGUAAAUUUGAGCCCAGUUGCAAUAAAAUCCUUUAAGAU